AGAAGAGUUUUAUCAUUAAUAAUAAUAUAAGUUAUAAUUAAUAACAAAAAAGAAGUGAGGAGUGGGAGCAAAUCCAAAUCAAAUGGGUUCCCUCGCCCCUCCCCGCUCUCCGCCACCCGCGAUGGCCGCCCAGGUCGGCGGCGCCGCCCAUAGCAAACAUCCGACCCCGCUAUGCGCCGAGGGGCUCCGGCGUCUCUUCGAGGCGCAGCAGCGGCACCUGAACCACUUCUUCGACAAGCUGGACCUCGAGCAGGCACUGGCCUUCGCCCAGGCCCUCCUCGACGCCCCCGGCGGCGUCUUCUUCUCCGGCGUCGGUAAGUCCGGCCUCAUCGCCCGGAAGCUCUCCCAGACGCUCGCCUCUCUUGGCUUCGCCCGCGCCGCCUUCCUCCCCCCGGUGGACGCCCUCCACGGCGACAUCGGCGCCCUCUGCGCCGCGGACGUCCUCGUCCUCCUCUCCAAGUCGGGGUCCUCCGACGAGCUCCUCCGCCUCGUGCCCUGCGCGCGGGCCAAGGGGGCAUUCCUCGUGUCGAUGACCUCCGUGGAAGGCAGCCGCCUCGCCGCGCUCUGCGACAUGCACGUCCACCUGCCCCUGGAGCGGGAGCUCUGCCCCUUCGAUCUGGCCCCCGUGACGUCGACGGCGAUCCAGAUGGUGUUCGGCGACACCAUCGCCGUCGCCCUCAUGGCCGCCCGCCGCCUCACCAAGGAGCAAUACGCCGCCAACCACCCCGCCGGCAAGAUCGGCAAGCGCCUCAUCUUCAAGGUGAAAGAUGUCAUGAAGAAGCAGGAGGAGCUUCCAAUCUGCAAGGAAGGAGAUCUCAUAAUAGAUCAGCUCAUAGAGUUGACAAGCAAAGGGUGUGGAUGUUUGCUUGUUGUGGAUGAUGAGCACCAUAUGAUCGGGACAUUUACAGAUGGCGAUCUCCGGCGUACACUCGGAGAUAGUGGUGAGGCAAUCUUCAAGAUCACAGUGGGUGAAAUGUGCAACAGAUGCCCGAGAACAAUCAGCCCUGAUGCGAUGGCAGUGGAAGCAAUGCAGAAAAUGGAGUCACCUCCAUCUGCUGUGCAGUUUUUGCCCGUGGUCGACCAUCAGAACAUUGUGAUUGGGAUUGUUACCCUCCACGGACUGGUUUCUGCAGGCCUGUAAAUUUAGUGCCAUGUAUGCUCUGUCCUCCCUUCUUUGUGUGUUUCUAAGUCACCAGGGUCCUAAGCUCCAAGGGUCUUGAGAAUUAAUGCUGUGUUUGUUAGGUCCUUCUGUUGAUCUGGUUGAGGUUCACCACCCCUUUUGGUGGACUGACUAGGAGGGCAUAAUGCCUGGGAAACUCAGUCCUAUGCUUCCCUAUCUUUCUAUGUAUAGUUUUUUCCUUGUUUUGUUUCUUCUUCUCAGUCCUUUGGAGCUCUGUAACUUCAGCUGCCUUGAGCUGCUUGGAGGUGUGGUCUGAGGUGAUUUAAGCACUGCUGUAUUUGGCUCUUGAAUAAAAUAUAAUAAGAAUGAGAGUUGCUCCCACUUCUCCUGAAA